AUGACGGGCUUUCCCACCAGCCGCGCCGAGUCUGUCUCGUCCGCCAGCGGCCACACGCCUGCCUCGUCGCGCACAAUCCUCUCGACCGACCCUUCGGCCACCGACGGCCUGCCUGCCUCGCGGCCCUUUGUCCAGCGCAAUGGCCGCACCUUUCUCAACGACCACACGCUCGUCUACCCCUUGCCCUCGGAUCUCACCGAGUUGCACAGGCAGGUCCUGCGAACGAUGCUGCUGAUCCAGGUCAUUGGCGCUCCCGUGCUGUCGCCGGACCUGAUCAAGAAGCCUCCUCAGCGCGUCCUGGAGAUUGGCUGCGGGUCGGGUUUCUGGAGCAACAUGUGCCACCAUUACUUCAAGAGCCGCGGUCACGGCGGCCUGUCCUUCACCGGCAUCGACAUUGCGCCGCUGGCCCCCGACAACAGCUCCAGCACCUCGGACGACGCCAUGAAGCCCAGCCCCGACAUGCAGUGGAAAUUUGUCCAGCACGACUUGCGCCAGAUGCCCUGGCCGACCCCUUCUGAGGAGUACGACCUGGUCAUGGUCAAGGAUGUGAGCUAUGCCGUGACCAACAAGAUGAUGCAGCCCUUUAUCGAGGAGUGCGUUCGCAUGGUCAGACCGGGUGGAACGUUUGAGAUUUGGGAGUCGGACCACGUCAUUCGAAGUCUGCGACCGCAUGUUCCCACGUCCACUGUUUCGGCAGAAGAUGCAGAGGAGCAGGCUGCCGCCGCCAGUCUCGGUGCCUAUGUCAUUAACCCACAAACUCCCCUCUCAGUCCCUUCAAACAACUACAUUGCCGAAUACAACUCGUGGUUGACGAAAGCGCUGGAGAAGCUCGACAUCAGCCCUCUUCCCUGCACCGUCAUUGGCCCAACUCUGCUGCAGGAAUACGAAACCUUGGGCGACGUACGUUCCCGAAGAAUAGCCCUUCCCCUGAGCGAAUUCCGCUGGGAGAAGGAGGGCAUCGGCGGUGUCAUCACCACCGACAGCAAGCCCGAGUCCAAGGGCAAGGAGGCGUCGGCACCAAAGUCGGACAAGAAGACGCUGACGGCGGGGCAGAUUGCGCUGCGUCAGACGGCUUUGCUAACUCAGGUGCAGGAGAUGCAAGCUCUCGAGCCCAUCUUGCGAGACGUCAGCGGGAAAAGUCAGGACGAGUUGGACAUGUGGCUGACCAAGAUGAUGAACGAUUUGAUGGACGAGAGCGGCACGUCUCUGGGAGAGUGUCUUGAAUUUGGAGCUUGGUAUGCGAAGAAGAAGAAGGUGGCUGCUUGA